AUGAAUGUCACAAACUGCCAUUCAGACCCUCAGAGUUGUGAUAAAGUUGACUAUGAGGUUUAUGAAGAAGGAGAUGGUUCUUCUGGACUUCAUACUAUUUACACAGUUCAAGUUCUCAAAAUAAGAAGUGCACUAUAUCCAAGGGAUGUUGGUGAUUUUAAAUGUGUUGCAUCGAAUGGAGUUUUACCAGAUGCUGAGUUAAGAGUGAGCUUGGAUGUCCAAGGUACUUAAGCAAAGGAAUACCUUUGUACUUUAUGUAACCAGUAAUUUGCAUAAUACAUGUGCAAUUUUUUACCCCAUUUACAAUUAAUGAUAUGCUCAGAACCAACAUCUAGAGCCUUAGUUCCUUUGUACAAGUGUACCAAUUGUGAUCCUAUGUAAGUAAUUUUAACUGUUAAAGACAUCUUUGAUGCACAACUCAUUGGGAACACCUGUGAACUAUUCAAUCAAAUCAGGCCAGAAUUGAUGUUAAUCCUUCUCUGUACAUAACUGCUCUCUUUUGAACAUUUGGAAACAUUGUUACCUUCCUAUGCAUUAAUUUUUUUUACCUAAAUGUUUCAUGCAGGAGUGAAACCUGGUGAAAGCGUAGAAAAACAACUGUAAGCACUUAUGUUUUUCGUACACUAUAGCAUGUACAGUGUAGAGUACAAAGUUGUAUUCUGAGUGCAAACCUGUUUUCUAAGUUGAGAAAGGCAAGGAACUAAUGUGAAGAGGGGGUGGGGGGGCAGUGGGGGUGUGAGAGGCUUAUUUGCCGGGGAUGCUUAUUACCUUACAGUUACAGUCAAACCAAGUCAGCGUGCCCCCAAGAUUCUAUCAGUGAAUUGAUUAUUUGAAAAAAUGAAUCCGUUUUUAAAUAGUCGUUCCCAUAAAUGGUGUCAAAUUCAAAGCGGCAUUUCUGCAUGUGUAAUGAGCAGUGAAUAUUUUACGAGAACUUCUCGGUGUUUGGUCAGAUUGGAAAUCUUUGAAUGGAUUAAGCUUCUUAGAAGACAUUUACAUCAAUUUCAGGAAAAUGGAGCUGGUAGAAAUUUCAUAACUGCCUCGCGUGUGAAUUCACGGCUCAUUACACAUACAAGAAUGCAGAGAUCAAUCUGAAAUCUACAACUAGCAACGGAUUCAACUUUUGAAUAAUAAAUUCAUUAAUGGAUUCUUGGGAGGUACGCUUGACCUGGUUUGACUGUAAAAUGUAAUAAACCUUGUCUUCCUUUCAAACAAAGACAUCUGUACAGCUGUAAACAGAGCACUAAAACAUAUCUCCAAGAAAAAAAAACCAAAGUAUGGUCUUACUGAUGGCAUUAAGGUCCUAAAAAUUCUGGUUUUGAAAUGCUCUUUCUCUCCUUCUUUGUACUGGAUAUUAAGUUUCAUUUUUUUCUUGGAGAAGGGUUGCUUGGUAAGAAACUCUUGACAACAAGAUCCAACUUAGUAGAUUAUACAUGUAAGUUAAAUCAGAGGUUGAUGAAGGAUUAUAAACAUCAGAAUACACAGUUAAAAUUUUACAAUCUUAUUUGCAAUAUAAGAUGUGCAGUCUACCCCAUGAGCAUCGCAUCAUUAUGGCAACUCAUUUAAGGAUAUCAUAAAUCCACUAUUAAGCUCCCCAGGGGGCUUAUUUUUUUCAGGCACUUUUGAGGAGGGGCUUAAUAGAGACCGGGGGUGGGGGCUUAUUUAAUUUACCGAAAUGCAUCAACAGGAGCAAGGUUUCUCAAGGACGGACUUGUGUUACCGGGCGCUAUACUGCUUUUUCUAACAAUAAGAAAAUGGCAACAAUUCUCCACAGAGAACUAGAGCAUAAAGUUGAAAAAGUUAGAUCAGCACAUGAAGUUGGAGGUCAUGUGGCUGAAGACCAAAAACAAUAUGAAUUUCCAGCGUGAAUGAACCAUAACUGAUCAGUCCACGUUAAUUGUUUGUGAAGAAUAAGGAUGGAGGAUGGAGGGUGGAGGGGAGGGGGGGGGGGACUUAAUAACUUUUCUCUGACCUCUGAAAGGGGGGGGCUUAUUAGGGAGGGGGCACUUAAUAGAGUAUUUUUGGUACUUUAUGCGCGAUAGUGACAUGAACUAGGCCUCAACUAACAAUCUUAAUUAAAUGCAGUUAAGCCGACACUGAAAGAGAGAUUAGAUGCAGUUGCUGUGGUAGAAGACACAGAAGCUAAAGUGUCCUGUACAGUGACCAAGAGCAACCCACUGCCAACAUUCAGUUGGCAGUAUGCUUUCAAAAACUUGGAAUGUGACAUUCAACUACCUACCGGUACCUGUGUCCCUAAGGAAAACAAGUGGAUUACUGUUCCUAGUCAGCUGGUGUCUCCCAGCAGCUCAACACCAACAAAUGAAAGCAUUGUGAAUGUUGCCAAAGACCAACAAAAUGCAUUCUACCGCUGCCAAGCAUCCAAUUCCUUGGGAAAUGUUUCGCAAAUCUUGAGAUUUGUCAGACUUGGUAAGAACAUCAGUUAGUAAAAACAGUACUUUUUUGAGGUAUUGAAUUGUACAAAAGUGUAAUAAUGUGCUUUAUACUAGUACAGAAAAGAGAACAGAUUUUCUAGGGAUGACCUGCACCUUUUCCAAACAAGUUUUGUGAUUGGCUGGGAAAACAAUAGGGAUGGUGACAUAACAAUACCCCUAUCCCAGAAAACAAUAGGUAGUGCGAGUUAUAGGCACCAAUGAAAGAAGAGGUUUGGAUUCGUGCAGGUCAAUUGAUGUUCUACUCACAGAUCAAGCCAUAGUUAAUUGAGUGGAAUGGUUAUGAAACCCGUCAGACUCCUUUGUUAUAUGUUUUUGUGGACCUGAAAGUGCACAACGUUCAAAAGAAUUCCUAUCAUUUUGAUUGUAUUGACCAAUAAAAAGGUUGCAUUAAUUUAUUCCGUAACAAUUUGCCAACAGAAAACAAAGGAUUGUGCAAUUUCAGGGUGCUUCCAACAUAAACUGCAGCACUGUUGUUUUUAUCAUUGAUGUUUGCCACUUUUCAUAGGUUGCAAAUGGACAGAUUAAUGCUCACCUGAGGACAUUUUUAGCUGCGUGUAUUUUGUGCACAUCUAGUUGGGCUUGGAACUGAGACACCCUAUGUGAUAAUAAUUAUUAUAAAUUGGAAAAUGUGUGUUUCCAGGCCAAUCCAUAAAACCGUGCUGAAAAAAAUAGGCCAAAAUUUUAAAGAAAGUCUUUAAGAAGGUAAGCUUGUUAAGAACUUAUGCAGAUCUUGGACGAUGUUAUCCACCUUGACCUCCAGCCUGGAUGGAGAACAUCCUCCUUGAUCUGCAUAAUUCUUCAUAUCUUACCAUUUUUAGCUGUAUGUAUUUUGUGCACAUCUAGUUGGGAUUGGAACUGAGACACCCUAUUUGAUAAUAUCAAUUGAAAAAUGUGUGGUUCCAGGCAUAUCCAUAAAACCGUGCCGAAAAAAUAGGCCAAAGUUUUAAAGAAUGUCUUUAAGAAGGCAAGCCUGUUAAGAACUUAUGCAGAUCUUGGAGGAUGUCAUCCACCUCGACCUCCAGCCCGGGUGGAUAGCAUCCUCCUUGAUCUGCAUAAUAAUUAUUCUUCAUAUCUUACCAUCCUCAUUUUUUUAAAUAAUUACAUGUAUUGCUAAUUACCUAUGAUUGAUCAACAGUGAAACCAGAGGCCAAGGUUGAGAUUGACACUGGCAAAACUAUGACCGAGGUGAACGAGAAGUCUACCUUACAGGUCUUCUGCAUUGACCGGAUUGAUGGUGACUGGGGCCUCCUUUUCUCAAAAGAUGGGGAAAAAAUAGAACUAAGUGAUCCACGUGUCAAUGUCACCAUUGAAAAUCUACCGAAAGAAACUGAAAGGUUGUUCAAACUGACGAUAAAGAAUGUGACAAUGAAUGAUACAGGAGAGUAUGGAUGCACCCUUUCUGUUUUGUUUCCAAAGCUCCUUGAUGCCAUCAAUGUUACGGUGAAAGGUGAGUGAGCUAAGAGUGGAGAUCAUUAGAGUACUUUAACUAACAUUUUUAUCGGUAGGCCCUCUGAUAGGUGCAAAAAUUAUUGGUAACUCAUGUGAAUUUUCCUGGAAGUCAUAUUAAUAGAUUUAUGCAGGAAAAAGCUGUGUUACGGUCCCAGUUACUUGAUUUUUAUCACACUCUACGAUUUCAAAUCUCAUGGAAAACAAUUGUUCGGUUUUGUGCCCAGAGUUCAAGGGAAACUGUCUGUCACAAUUUUUUGGUUCCGUGAAAAUUCAUGGGAACCCGCUCCUAGAUGUUUUCACUUUUUUGGAGUGAUUUUUUAUUUCCUGGAGCUGUAAUUCAUAAACCGUUAAUGUGCGAUGCACUUUGGAAACAAUUCAAGAUGAUGCGCAAUAGACAAAUAAACAUUGAUAGAUGCUGAAGAUUUAGUUUUUAUGAUAUUUGGUAUAUAAGCCAAGUUAUAACCAAAGAAUUGAUCUACUACAGUGGAACACUGUUAAUUAUGGUCACCUACAUGUAUGGAGCAAAAAAAUUUUGGCCAUAUUAAUGGGUGACCAACAAGAGUUUUUUUUACAAGAAAAUGUAUGGCUGUUUUGCCCGGCGUAACAAGGUGACCGUAUGACUUGGAUUGGCCAUAAGGCAGCAUUGUACUGUAGUUAAGAAUCUGAGUGGAAAAAUACAUGUAGUGCAUUUCUGUAAUUUCUGUACACAAACAUGCAAAUGUACACUAAAGAAAACAUAUAAUUAUGGUUUGUUUAAUACAGAAGUACAUAGUAGAAGAUUGAACAUCAAACUGUAUGCAGCUGUGUUUUGUUGAGUUUAUCCGUAAUUUCGUGUGUUGAUGGAGGGAACUUGCAGCUAUAGUAGCUGCAGUGGUUUAAGAUCUGCUGUCAAGAAUUUUUGUGGUAAUAACGUGGCUGCAUUUCCGAAGUUGUUGCAUGUGUACAUACAUACAUACAAUGAAUGAUGGCAUUGUCAGUGGUAGCUCUAAAUAAUUUGAAGGCAGGUUUCUUUGCGAUAGCCAUAUACAUUUGUAUUGGCGUUAAUAUUUCUCGAUUUGUGAAGCCAGAUGGUUUGAAGAAGGUUAUGGCAUUGAUAAUUAUUACCAAAUGAUUUGUGCAAAUAUUAGAAAAAACACACUGCAGAACUUACAUCCUUCAUCAUCAUUGAUAGCUUUUGUAAGUUUUACGGCUAGUCCUGUUUUUAUGGGCUUACUGGUAUAAUAAACCAUAGGUUUUUGACCUAUCAGAUCGUGCAUAUCCAACUAUCUCAGUAAUUAUAAUUAUGACAUAAUAAUUAUAUGAAAAUUAAAUUUGCCUAGUAAUAACCAUCCAUAGUUUCACACAACUGUACAUUAGAGAAUUCUAUGUCAUGUUUUUUAAAGCAAAACAAUGUUAAAUUAGUGUUUGUGUUUGUUGCUAUUAAUUUUGUUUUGUGUAAUAAUCAUGUUGAAUCAUGUAUUAAUAUUUAUUUAUGUCUUCAUAGCUCUGAAAGCACCAAACAUCACCAAAGAUAUACCUGAUGUGACAGUUCUUCAAGAACCUCAGGGUGGUAAUUUGGAGUUGUUUUGUGAUGUUACUGGCAACCCAAAACCUAUCAUCACGUGGUACUUCUACAAAGAUGGCAAAGGUGAUCCCUUGGUGGUCAACAAGGAAAAACAUAACCUGGGCGGGAACAAGGAUGACUGCGGGAGACGGACAAAGGGUUAUUACUUCUUGCAGCGUGAUGAUGCUCGUGCACUUGUGAUUUGCACUCCAGAAUUUGAACAUCACCAAGGAAAGUAUUCGUGUCAUGCUAAGAAUACAGCAGGAGAGCAGAGCAAGUCUGCAUUUGUCAAUGUGGAGAGUAAGUAGUUAAUUGUUAUUAAUAGGUACAACAAGCUGGUGUGGUUGACUUUAUUGGUAUUUACUUUAACCACAUUAAAAAUUUAUUAAAAUGAUAGCAAUACUUUAUUAUGAAAUAAUAAUUAAACAGUCGACUUCUGGUAACUCGAGCUUUCAAGGGAAGUAUAAAUCAGUUAUUGCAAGUUCAAGCUAUCGGGAGCUCCAAGCAAAACCUAAAUUUGUAUUAGUACUUUAUUCAUGUAUGGAUUUGAAGACUUUGCAAUCCCUUGCAUCUUACUGAUGGCUUGUCCCACACUGAGCUUAGAUCAAGCUCUAUUUGCAUAUUGCUUGGUAAAUAUAUUUCUGGUGGUCAAGGCAAAUCUAAGUCUCGCAUCUAGUAGGAUACACAUGUCUAUCUGAAUUACUUGUGUUUAUGAACAACCUUGCAUUCACAUGAUUACCUCAGGGACAUCAGAUGGACCUUAAACUCAACACCAGGGCCUUUGCUGCUCACAUACCAUGCACAUAAAUGGUCUAAGAAAGGCAUUCCAAGAAUGUGAACAGAUUUUGCUAAAACCCCACUACAGUCGCAACUCCACUGCCACCUCUUCACAACACCCUUCUCUCUACAUUAGUGGACUGUCCAUACAGUGGAACCCCACCUUACGACCAUCUCAUUAUUACGACCCUAUUCUUUGUACCCAAACAUUAGAAUCACGGAGUCAUUUUAUUAUUUUGAAGACCCCAUUAACACCACCACCUCGUUAUCACGACCAGGAUUUUAUGGCCCAACGGUUGUUGCAUUAACAGGGUUCUACUGUACAUCGUGUCAAGUCUUGUUUAAUGCAUUGUCGCCCAGGAAUUUUUACUGUUUCGAGUGAUUUUCUAUAAAGUAAAUCAAGUCAAGGACUAAAAUUUUAAUAUUACUGUGAAUGUUGACUUUUGGUUUUGCAAUGUUGAUUUCUGUAAAAAUCCCGAAGGCAAAAAACGUGAUUUUUGUCGUUUUUCUAUGACUUUAAAGGGUGCUCAUUUCUGUUCUUGUCCAAAUUCAAAAGGUGAUAUGUCAAAAGCACUGACUUUUUUGUGUUUCUUUUAUAUCCCCAUUUAAAGGACAUUAUACUCAAUGUUCACAACUGACAGUUAAGACAAUGUUUGCAUGAUUGAGAAAGUUGCAAUGUUUUAAAGCAGUGUAGUCUUGUACGGCCAGUGUUAGCUGGCACGGCCGUCAGUGGGUUAAACCUCUGUACAACAUCCAUCUCCUUACAGUGACCACUUUCUUCUGUCCCCAAAGUGGCCAUGGAUGACAAGUUUAACUGUAUACCAAUUACAAAUUGUUGCUGGCCACCCCACCAAUAUAAUAUUAUUAUGUCAGUGGGCUCACUUUUGCUCGGCGGUAAUAAAUGUUUCCAAAAAACAGUAGCUGUUUGUUUGUUGUAGUAUCUAUCUAUUUUUCUAUCUAUCUGUCUGUCUGUCUGUCUGUCUGUCUGUCUGUCUGUCUGUCUGUCUGUCUGUCUGUCUGUCUGUCUAUCUAUCUAUCUAUAUAAUUCAAUGUGGAGUAAACAUAAAGUUUUUGUUGUCAUUGUUGAUUCUUUUUCUUUUUGACAGUGGCACCAGUCAUAGUUGAACCUAAGAAAGAUGAAGUACCUCUUUCACUCAAGAUUGGUGAUCCACUGAACAAAAGCUGUGUGGCGAAAGGGAACCCUGCUCCUAAUGUCACAUGGUUACAUAAUAACACAGGAAAGGCGGUCUCACCAACUUCAACCAACUCCCAGCAAUUAAUCAUUAACUCGAUAGAAGAGAAGGAUUUUGGUUUUUACACCUGCAUUGCCAGUAAUAAAUUGAAACGUACAAUGGUUUCUAUUGAAACCAAGGAAGGUAAAUUUAUUUCACAUGUUGAUACAUAGUGCAUGCUUGGCUUUGAAUGCUGGAGGCCAGGGUUUACUCCGCCUUGCACAAGCAUGAUCCCUGGCUACUUUCAUUUGAAACAUAAGGGAAAUAGAAUGAAAUGAAAAUCUUAGAUGUUCAAUUCCAUGUAACACAACAACAAUGCAGCCAAGUUACAAGGUGUCAUUAAUACAUUAUUUUUUUAUUGCUGGAUGAUUGACAUCAUCAGCUGCCUAAUAUAUUUUUGCUAUUGUUAUGGGACAACUGACUGAAAUCUUUUAAAUUUGGUCAGUGUAAUUCAUACGGUAAAAAAACUUGCAUUGUGUUUAGACUUUUAAUCAUAACUAUAACAAAAUUAUUGUCAAAUCUGAUUGGCUAUCAACUGCCCUGAUUUCAGCCUUACUUAGACAGUUUGAAAGGACAGGACGCGUCAUGCGUAAGUAAUUGGACAGUACGCGCCAUCACGCACGUGCUUAAAUGGCUUUUUUUUUCACUGCUAGCAAAACAAAAUUUCGAAUUUCUUGUGUUUUGAUUUAAAAAAUGGCCUAUUAUAUCACAAAUUUUGUUAAAGUUAUGAUUAAUUGGUAACAGAACUUUGUGUCGUCCAAUUCGGUCUGUAAUCAUACUAGUGAUUAAACAAAUCGGACUCCCGCUACGCAGUCGUCCGAUUUUGUUAAUCACUCGUAUGAUUACAGACCGAAUUGGACUCCACUCAGUCCUGUUACCAUUACAAUUAAUUCUGAUUUUGUAUGGUUAUGGAAAGUUAUUUGGAUGAUUUCAGGGGGGAGACAGGGUCCAAUCAUUAGCCCCAUUGCAAAAUCCUGUAGUCAGUGGCCCGGGGCUAUUGUACACAACUCUUAUUUAACGCUGGGAGAAGGAAUGGCUAACCGAUAAGAAAACUGGACACCCUUCCCAGGCCCCUAGUUCCAGUGCCUCCCUGAUUGCUUGUGGGAAUUGUUCUUGGUAGUUGUGAGGUCAAAUCAUCGCACCCAUGCUUGUAAAACAGUUGAUAGGUUUGCCUCCUAUUAGUUGGAUUUUCAACGUUUUUAUGUGGAAAGUUCCAUUUGAAGUAUUAUUUUGUCUCAUUAUCUCUGAAAAGCCCCAUAACAGUUUUUUGUUUUCAUUGAUGAGAAACAUCUUGAAAUGAAUGAUGAAUUUUUUCUACUUCUCCAGAGAGAUUACUUGGUUAUACUGUUGGUGGUGGCCUAAGUACUGGUACGCUGGUGGGCAUUGCUAUUGGUGUGAGUGUGUUUGUUCUCAUCGUGCUAGUGGUGUGCUGUUGUCUUUACCAUCGGCAGAAGAAGCAGAUAGAUGAGUAUAAGCAGCUUUAUUUCCUGCAGACAUCAUCAGACUACAAGGUAUAUUCCUCUCUAUAAUAUUGUCCAUGUACUUUCACUUUGUUCUCAGGUUUGGCUACUAAGCUUGCGCGGUAUUUGGCGUGAAACACCGUUUAUUGUAUUUAUUGAACAGUUCAUUCGUUUGAAAAAGACAGUCUUCCUGAAGGAGCCAAAUCCCCAAAUGUCCUGUGUGCAAUAUACCAGUGCUUUUUUCAUGAAAGUCACAGUUGUGUAGUAUGUACGUGUACCCUCUUUAGAGAAAAUGCUUCAUUCCUAACCCACCUACCUACCUACCCACCUACCUGCCUGCCCAUCAACCUACUUACCCACCAACCUACCUACCCUCCUACCUGCAUGCCCAUCAACCCACCUACCCACCUACCUGCCUACCUACCUACUUGCCUACUUACCUACGUACCCGCCCACCCACCAACCUUCCUACCUACCUACUUACCUUCCGACCUACCUACCUACCUACCUACCUAUUUAUCUACCUGCCUGCCAAUAUUUAGCUGGAGCGUUUUCACGAGCUGACCACCAUUUUUCUUGUGAGACGUGCUCUAGGACAUUAACAGGCAUAUUUUGUAUCAGCCUUAUGCGAGAACAAUGUGUCAUGUUUUAGAUUGACCCAGAUCGCAGUCUGCUGGAACAGUGUAAUAAUCUACCUUAUGACCCAGACUGGGAAUUUCCUGAAGAAAGACUCAUCCUUGGAAAUGUGCUUGGUGCUGGAGCUUUUGGACAAGUUGUUAAAGCAGAAGCCAUUGGUAUCUUGGCGCUCAAUCCUCGAGACAAGAGCGCAGAAUCUUUUAAGCGACGCUCAAAGAUCCGUCGGUCUUCACGAGCAAAGGACCUGAAAAAAGAAGAUGGUGGCUCGGGAUGGAAGAAUGUUAAAGUCCCUGUCGCAGUCAAAACCUUAAAAGGUUGGUGAUUCUUUUUGCGUGCUCCUCGAACGAAACAAGGAAAAAACGUAAAAUAGGAAAAUAGAAAGUGAAAACAGGAAGGGUUUCAGCUCCUACGAGUGGGGAUUUUUAACCAUGUUGUGUACCAUUUGUUCAGUUACAUUAUUUGUUUCAUUAUCCUUGAAAAGCCCCAGAGGGGGAGAGAAUAAUUAAAGUGUUAUUAUUAUUAUUAUUAUUAUUAUUAUUAUUAUUAUUAUUAUUAUUAUUAUUAUUAUUAAAGUAAUUGAAAUUUUAACGAAUAUUUCCACACAACAUGGUUUGUUCUUAAUUCGUUUUGUUUUGUUGUUGUAGAGGGUGCCACACAGGCAGAGUACAAGGAUUUGGCUUCAGAACUCAAGAUACUCAUUCAUCUUGGACAGCACAAGAACAUUAUCAAUCUUCUCGGAGCCUGUACAAAGGGAAAACGCCUAAUGGUGAUCAUGGAGUUUGCUCCACAUGGCAGCUUACUGAGCUUUCUUAGAGGGAGAAGAGAUACAUUUGACGCGAGUUGGACUAAAACCAUGAACGAGCCAGAGAAGGAGUUCACUUUAGUAGAUUUAGUGAUGAUAGGUUUCCAAGUUGGUCGAGGAAUGUCAUUUUUGGCGUCCAAAAGGGUAAGAGAUGUAUUGUAGUAACAAAUAUUGCUAUAUAGCUAGAAUUUUUCGCCGACAGCGCUAGCUAGUAUUGCAUGGCUUCUUCGAGGUCACUUAUCUUUCACUGCGCCUUUAUUUUUUUUUCGCCUUCUUGUUUUCAGUGGAUGUUUCCUCAAAAAUUAAUGAGGAUGACCCGCUGGUCUCUGGUUUUAAGGCCGGUUACCCAAUACUAUUUGUCAGCGCGAUUUCUCGAUUUCUCUCGUUUUUUUCGCGGUAUAGUUUAUAGGGCUGAUCUUUUUGUCCGAAGUAAAAUGCCUCGAUAGAAAUUGACCUUAAGCUAAACCAUUUGUGAAAUCUUUCCCAGGGGCAGCCCAACAAAUAAAAUCUGAUCGCACUCCGUGUGUGAGCACUUCUCAUACCUGAACACUCCCUGUAAUCCUCACCGAAACGUCGCCCGCGGCAAUGAGCGAGGUGAGACGGUUAUAUUCGCCGGCUGCGCUUGUAAGGGGCCUUCUACCGAAAAUACAAGGCAAAGCACCAUAGUUAGAACCCUUCCCAAAGGACUAUCGCUCUUAAACAAUCCGACCACAUUAUAGGAUCGUGGUUUCAAGAUUUCUGUUGUUUUCAUCCUCCAAGUAACGACGUGAUACUUGUUCCAAUCUCCUACGAGUGUCAGUUGGAUAAUGCAACUCCGCGGAUCCUUAAUAAGACAACGAGUUUUCUCCGCCCACCACGUCGUUCUUAUUCUACGAUCGCCUCAUGUAGAUUCGAGGUAUUUUAAUUCACGAAUGGCUUUGCGCGUAUUGUAAUUUGAGAAUCAAUUACGCAGAUUUGUCAGAUAGGCUCUUGGUAGCACUGUAUCAUGGUCUACCCUGUUCUGGGCGUUCAGACUGUAGGUACGACGCUCGGAAAUGUGAGAACAAAAAAAUAGCGAGCCACUCUCCACGAUCUGAGCCCCUGUAACAGGCUGUUAUGUUCCCCCUCUCGUAAGUGACCGUUCAUAAUCGACCGAGUCUUGGCGCUUUUGUUUCUCCCUGACGGAGGUUCAACUGUAUUUGAAUUGUUUCUAAACCUUACCUUGGGUUGCACUUUUUUCUUCAGUGCGUUCAUCGCGACUUGGCUGCAAGGAACAUUUUAGUGGGGGAUGAUUAUGUUAUGAAGAUAGCUGACUUUGGUCUGGCGAGAGACAUCUAUAAAGAUGAUCAGUAUGUCAAGAAUACGCAAGGCUUGCUUCCCGUAAAGUGGAUGGCUCCCGAGUCGUUGUUUGACAGAGUUUAUACUGAGAAAACUGAUGUGUAAGUACACAAGGUUUUAAUUCCAUUUUAGUUAAUUUCUCCACCUCCAUUAAUUUUUAUAAAUUGUGAAAAUUCGAGAGAAGCCUGCGAACACCCGCUCUGUCUUUAGACCAGCGCUCUACUAACUGAACUACAGUGGAACCUCGAUAAAACGAACCUUUAUAUGACGAAGUCUUCGGUAUAACGAACGAUUUGCUUUGCCCCAGUAAUAGUAAGAUAUAUCAGAAAGAACCUUGUUAUAUCGAAACCUCGUUAUAGCGAACAAAUUUUGCCAGUCCCUGGGCCCUUCGUUAUAUCGAGGUUCCGCUUCAAUCCUACCGUGGCUGAAAAAUUCAAGGAAAAAACAAACAAACAAACAAGCACAGAAACAAAUCCUCCCAUGAAUCGACGAGCAAAUGUAAGGAUCAAUUUUUCGUGAGGACGUAAAAUAAUAGUAAAAAUUAUCUGCUUUUGUUAAAAAAAUUCCCUUUUGAAGCUUUUUUUUUGUCCUUUAAAGUCUUACUUAACAAUUUUGGGCUGAAAAGACAGGUAUUGAUCUUGGUCAUGGUUAUUCUUAUCAACAGAUGGUCAUUUGGAAUCCUCUUGUGGGAAACGUUUACCCUUGGGGGUACCCCUUACCCUGGCCUCCCGACAGACCAACUUCUAGACUAUCUUAGUGAUGGCAAGAGAAUGGACAUGCCAGCCAAGUGCCCUCUGGAAGUUUACACUGUCAUGAGAGAUUGCUGGAUUCAUGAACCUGAACAAAGACCCCAUUUUACAACCUUGACAGAAAGACUUGCUAAUAUAUUGGAGAAGCACACGACAACGGUAUGCAUUAAUAUACCGAUGGACUUACCUUGUUCCCGGGGGGUAGGGGGAUACUCAGCUAAGUUUUAUACGAUGAGGCUCCGCGUCGAGGCCAGCCCCGUACCUUUUAUAUACCUAUACCUUUUUUGGCAGAAAAGGAACCCCGUUCGUAUACUUUCUAUUGACAGAUGGUACACAUUCUAUAUACCUAGUGUACAACUUUGUAUCCCUUUUAACUGCUGUAAAUUUUCUCUUUUUUAAUGAAUGUUAGGUGAAUGAAUCACAUAACCAGAACAUUUUCUUCACUUUUUCACAGAUUUUCAUACCCACACAUAUACCUGAAACCUGAAAACGGUGACCGUUUCCGGUGGAUCCUCCCCUCUAAAUCCUUUGUAAAAUUUUCGAUGUGUUCAUAUGAGAGGGCCGGCUGGCUUGGUUCCCGAGAUCUUGGUAAGCUAGCCCGCGAACCGCAGACGUAUUUCCAGUCGUCGCUUCUCGGUGAAACUAAAGCCGAAAAAACCGGAUCCUCUCGCAGGCUAUGGGUAAGCGGGCUGGAAAUUUUGCCAUAUGAACACUUCAUCCCGGUUACCGGGAUGAACGGCGGGAUGAAUUCUGGCGGUCCGGAGGGCAUCGUCCUGGAUUGCCUGCUGUAUUUUCCACAUCAUAAACAUUCCAUUUAACUGCACAGUGCAGUUCUCGGAAACCCGGGCUGAAAUUCCUCAUAUGAACACAAGGCGAAAUUCGUCCCGGUAACCCAGCCAGCCCGGUCAACCAGGCUCAUGUGAAGAGGCCCUGAAUUACUCAACGACUGACUGACUCACUGAAUUAACGACUGACUGACUGAACACACUGACUGAAUGACUGACUGACUGACUGACUUACCGACGCUGUUAAGUUCACCUGCCAAAAUCAAUAUUGGUUUAUGUAGAAUGCAAACAGCUUCCCUUGCUCCUUAAGAUUUCAGAACUUAGAGAAGCACCAACUGUACCAGCAGCAACUUAUACGGCAACAAUAAGAGUACAGGACCGUCUUUGUACAACCCUUCAAACGUCCUAACGCCAACCUUUGCAACGGCUGCUGGACUUCCUGUGCCACAGUAGUUCCUCUCUUGAUUUUUUAUUUGUUUGUCUUAUAGGAUAACCCUUAUUUAGCACUCCAAAUGGACGAGGAGGUUCAACCUAGCUCAGGUUACUAUCUUCAGCCAGUUGAUAAUGCAGGCGUUCGGGAUUCCAAACGAUACGUGCAAUCCCCACUGCAGACUCCCACAAGUGACACAGAAGAACCCCCACAAUUUGGAGACUUGGAAGGAGAUGGAAAGAGGUGUGUUUUCUAUGCUAUACCACUACAUGAGAAAUUUCUGCAAUUUGAUUGGCUUACAGCAGUGGUAUUUCAUCUUAAUUUGAAAUACCUAUAUGUGAAAAUUACAAACCUUUUGCGGGUAGUAGUAUAAACGAAUAAUAGCAUAAUUUUUACGUGAUAUUUGGCAUAAAUACCGCUUGUGAUAUUUCAAAAUUGUCUCCAAUAUCACUUGCCUACCGGCUCGUGAAAUUACGUAUAACAAUUUUGAAAUAUCACUCGUGGUAUUUAUGUCAAAUACCACUACUAAUCAUGCUAUUACCUAUACAUAUUUCUGUUAGGUAACUAUUUAUCUCCACAAUUCGCGUAUUUCGUGUGUCUCUCGGGAUACCUUCUGUUUAAAACGCAUAGGGGUAACAAAUGAGAAUUUGAAUUUUGAUGUUAGGGUUAAAAGGGUUAAGGUUUGUGUGAAUUUCAGCUUUAGCUUAUCGUUUCUAGUCUAGUCUGGGCUGGAUUAUAUUAUCCUCUAAUUCAAAUUUUAAAACGUAUAUAAUCGUCUCAAAUGCAGCGUAGUUAAAUGAAUUUACAGCCGAACGAACGGUAACUUUGGUAAACCUAGGGGAGGGGCCGUGGGAACCGGGUCUUUACGUAAUAUUUAGGCAAAGCUGAAUCCGCAGGGAUGAGAAAAGAUAUAUUGGAUGAGCACGCCCUCCAUCCCUCCAUCGCAACCCACCCCAUCACUUACUUGAAGAUCUAAAUCUGUCACUGGUUAAAAAUUGUAGAUAUCUUCAUUUCAGGUAUGAUUCUCCAUUGCCCACUUUGCCACCAGGCCUGCCGGCCUUGAGCGACGAUGAAAUUCCUAAGGAACCACUGCCUCCCCUCCCCCCUCCCUAUGAAAACGACAUUAUGGACAAAGGGAGGUUCCCUGAAAGGGCAGACAGCGCUGGAGGGGAGAGUGGAAUUGACAUGGACGGAGCAGAUGAUGGUUAUGUGGAAGAUACACGAGCUGAUACGCCAUUCCUCCCCCCUCCUGGCAAUAAGCCGGUCGCUAUUGACAUGGAGAAAGCACCUGAACCAAAAGUGCUGUUUAAGGGCAACAGGAACAAGAUCGAGACUUCACUGUGAGUUUUGAAAGUCCGAUAUAGUCCCAAUGUUGACGGCAGUGCUGGAACUCCCAUGGUGCUCUAAAGACGACUGUAGGGGAACGACGCUACUUGUCAAGGGAUUUUUCAUUCGGCCGUCAGGAUAGACGGAAUUAUUACUAACAGGAAAAUUAAAAGGAAAUGUGCAUUGGACAACGCGAAACGCAAACGUAGUUAACUUAUUCAGGAUAAGCAAUGCAUAAUUCAGCACAGUAAUGCAUAAUAUGAAUGUAUAUCGAAGGGGCGAGGCAAGGCACUAACUAGGCGAGGUAAUUAGAUAGAUAAGCAGUUUAUCGGCUCUAUCACGCUUACGGAUCUAAAUGUCAUUUUAUCUGUUGAAAACUUAAGAGGAAAACAACUACAAAAUACCAAUAUUUCUUUCAUAAUGUUUGAAACUUUCGCGUGUCGCAUGACGUUGUCGAUGUCUUAUGGCCCAGAUGAGCUACAUAGCUAUUUAGCUUAAUUUGCUACUUAAAAAACGAGAAAGAAACUGCAAAAGAAAUUUGAAACGAGGAAAAAAAAAUUGCCUUCGGGCCCGAAAAGUUUUCGCGCCUUUUGAGAAACGGGCAUCUGGGCCAAGUUAACUUCAGCAAAGAAUGUGGGAUUGUUACUGGGGACAAGAAAAAAAUGGCUGGCGCGUCCCCAGUAACAUUCCCAGAGGUCUUUGCAAAAGCUAACUCGCCCCAGUUUCCCUCUCGUUUCUUAAGUGACGAAUUGAUUCGCAAAUUAUUACCGACGGUAGUCAGAGCAAAACGCACAAGUUGAGGGUCCAAUUUAUCCAAAUUAUAAUUUCUAGUUGUACAAUUAUUUACCACUCUUUCCACCGUUCCCUCUCUAGUGUCUAGGCUUCUGUAUAUACAAUUUCCCGUCUUGUUGACGAGUAUAAUACUGUUAACUUGUUUUAAAAUAUUUAAGGGUUAGCAGGGCUGUGCUCUAGCAGAGCCCGGUGGCCCAUGGCGCCCAACUUUUGCACUUGGGCGACUAGAAAAUCAAAGAUCUUUUUAUACAAAUCAUAUACAGGGCACCCUAGGUUUUACAGGUUCAGAGCACUGGGCUCCCUUCAAUUUUCCUUAGAGCACAGCCUUGGUUAGAGGCUGGCGGGGGUGUUUUGCUUGUAAAUAAUCGCUCGCACUGACUGUAGCAUUUUUAGUAUUCCCAACUGAGACCUUUGAAUAGCAAAAGCAACUAUUUUUACUCUAACAACAAUGUAAGGAGCAACAAGAAGUCAAAGACAUGUUUAAAUAGCUUCGUAAAGAAUCAAAAUCAAAGAAAGGAUGAGAUCAUACACAACGUUCAAUUUACUCUUCAACAGUCAUAAAGCGAUCCGAUGGGGAGUCUUGAAAGUCUUUCUUCAUUGGCUGUAACACGGCCCAAUCAGCUUCCGGAAUCUCACGCACAUCAGGAAGUGUGAAUAUUAAAUAUAUAGUUAUGAAUUUUAGGCAGGUAUUUUUAACUGAAUUUUGCAGAAUAUUCUGAAGUAAUGCAAACAAUACUGUAAGCAUAAUGCAUUGUAGAAGGGCAGUUUUUAUAGAAUAGAGGAUAAUUAAUUGUUCACUUACGCUUGGAUUCGUAAGAACGAUAUUAUAGGGAAAAUAUAAAAGGAAAACAGCAAAUAUCUACUGACCAAACAAAGAAACAAAUUUAAUUUGUUUCUUUAAAAUGCUUAACAGCUUGAAUUUAACUCUAUUUUUAAAUAUCGAUUUAAUUUGUUAUUGUUUAUAGCAUAUCUUGUUAUAACGUGGAGCCGACUGUGAAUAAAUUUGUGUUUAGAUAAAAUAUAUUUGAGUUUCUGAUUGAACCUAAUCUGGCAGAGCCUUCGUUACUCUUGUCCAGCGGAACGUGCAUGAUUCAUUGGUGCUAUAACAAAAAGAAACGAAUACACACGAGCAAGUGAAAGCAGCCAUCGAAUGACUUUGUAACGGGCUGUUGCUCAUUUAAUCUCACUCAAGAUUACUUUUUACCCAGUGAAGGAAGCUAAGCUGAAGGCUGUGCGUAAGGUCCGCAACAAGGAUCUUGUGCUUUCCGUAUGGGUCACGAUUUUUUUUGCUUGGAUGGCACUUCUCGGACAGUUUCAUCAUAUUGAAAUUAAAGCUGCUUUCACAUUGAAAACAACUGAAUGGUCCUCGGGCUGUUGCUUGAUCUCUUACCCAUCUUAAAGGGACUCACGCGAAAAAGACAAACAAAGCCAGACUCUCCCAACAGCGUGGGCGGCGCAUCUCAGCCACCUUGAAGUACCUAGAGAAGUUUAGUCAGCAAUUCCGAUCAAGGAGGUAGCAGUCUUGCAGAGGUUUAAGUUCUUCUCUUGAGCUACGUUCCGUGAGGUCACUGAGAGAGUUUGAUAUGGUCAGGAGCACCAGCAGCAGGCGCGUAGGUGGUGUUCGCCGUGUAUCGCGAUGUGUUGAUAUAGACUUUCAAAAGACUGAAAAUAAUAUCUUACUCUGUCAGUGUUCUGAACGCCUGGACCAGGCUAUGACAGUGUACAAUAUUAGAAUUUACGCCUUGUCUAUACGGUGAAGUUCUGCGGAACAAGCUGCAUGCUCAGUGUCAUCACUAAUAAGCGGCUGAAAUCGUCAAACUCCUCUUGUUACUGUGCAAGACAAAAGCAUCUUUAGAAGCAGACUCGUCAACUGGAUCAUGUACGUAUGACAACCGAAGACCAGCGCUGGCGAGUAGACGCAGCCCCACAACGAGAUCCUGUUCCCUGAG